CACAUUUCCGAAUAAAACUAAUCUGAGUUGCUAGAUGCGUUAUUAGGAAGCGAAUUUUAAAAACUAUUUAAAAAGAGUACCAGCUUCACUGCUGACAUGGAAUGAAGAUGAGACGAAGGAGCCGCGUGCUUCUGCGCGUAUAUUUCCAAUUCAUAUGAUCAGCAAUAACAACAGCAGUGUUUAUACAUCAGCGGGUUUUGAAGUGUGUUUUUGACUCGGAAUAAGAGCAUAUUAUUCAUUAUAAUUCGCGAAUCUUUCCACAAUAAUUAUAAUUAUUGCAAUUGCUACAACAAAAAAUUACACCCUACACAAUUGAGGGACACUGUGCGUCUCGAGAUCGUCGUUGCAAUUUAACAUUUCCCUCUCGCAAUGGUGAAGAUCGUUCUUAUACUAAUAAGCGCCUUAACCGUAAUGGUGGCACGAACGUCUGCGACCAAGCCUCCACACAUCAUGUUUAUCCUGAUGGACGACUUAGGAUGGAGCGACGUGGGCUAUCAUAACAUAUCCCAUGCCGUGAAAACUCCCAACAUCGACAAGCUCGCGUCCCAAGGGGUCAAGCUUAUGAGUUACUAUUCCCAGCCCAUGUGUACACCUUCACGAGGAGCCUUGAUGACGGGGAAGUACCCUAUUCAUCUAGGUAUGCAACACUUCGUUAUUAACAUUACAUCUCCCUGGGGUAUGCCGCGACGCUUUCCAACGAUUCCUCAAAAGCUACGAACUCUAGGCUACCGCACUAGUAUGAUCGGUAAGUGGCAUCUGGGCUUCUUUGACUGGGAUUACACUCCACUCCGCCGAGGCUUUGAUUCAUUCCUUGGAUUCUUCGCGGGAGAGCAGGAUCACUGGAGACACUCCAAAAUGGGCUUCCUUGACUUUAGACGUGACGAGGAGCCCGCGAACGAGUACGGCGGUCAGCACUCUACCGACGUAUUUACUCAGGAGGCAAUCAACAUAGCCAUGCGACACAAUGCAAGCCAACCUUUGUUCCUACUUCUUUCAUAUGCCGCUGUACAUACUCCACUACAGGCUCAUCCAAAUGACGUCAAUAAAAUCGGCGGUGUUUCUGACAAAGAUAGACAAAACUAUUUGGGGAUGAUGGGUGCUGCGGAUUGGUCAAUUGGGAGAUUGAUUGAUGUUUACAAGCGAAAUGGGUUAUGGAACAAUACACUUAUGAUCUGGGCCUCGGAUAACGGCGCGCAACCAGGAAAAGGAGGGGGUUACAACUGGCCUUUACGGGGCUACAAAUCCAGUUUGUUCGAGGGAGGUGUCCGUGUUCCUGCUUUUGUCCAUGGAGAAAUGCUACAAAGAAAGGGAGGGACUGUGAACGACUUGUUCCACGUGACCGAUUGGUACCCAACCCUCGUCAAGCUUGCAGGUGGAGAGGUUGAGCCCGAUAUCGACGGCGUCGAUCAAUGGCCGACGCUUUCAGAAGGUAAACCAUCAAAGAGAGAGGAGAUUCUUCAUAACAUAGACAUCCCUGCCAACCAAGAAGAAGAGCGCAUGGCCCCAAGAGGGUUUAACUAUUAUUCCGGCGCUGCUUUGAGGAGGGGGCAUAUGAAACUCGUAUACAAGAUGGGCGAUGCUGGCUGGUAUCAACUACCCGAGAACGGCCACAGGGGGCCAGUAGUGGAGGAGAUGGUGAAGGACAGACUUCCUAUCGUCGAGCUUGCGCUUUACAACAUCACCGCUGACCCGGAGGAGCGAAAUGACCUCAGCAAGCUUAACCCAGAUAUUGUGGACAGCCUGUGGAGACGACUUCAGGAACUAAAUGCGACGUCCCUGGAAUAUCGCCUACAGCCUGAGGAUCCUAGGUCCAUUGCGCUCGCGGAAAGGCUCGGACGCUGGGAACCCUGGCUGGACGAGGAUGCCCCUGUGACGUCAUAUGGGCGAAGGCCAGCCUCAUGCUAUAUAUGGCUACUACUCAUAGGCGUACAUACAUGCUAUCGCUAUUACCGUUCAAUUUAAUAAACAGGACGUUUAUUA